AGUGUAAUUUAGUGUACGAAAUGGAGUAAAGCCGCCUAAAGACGGCACGUCCAUCUCUCUACAAAUGUCAUUCAUCUACAAAGUCGCAAUCUGUCAUUUUUGUAGCUGAAAGGGACACAGGAAUUCGUCCGGAGAUUGGAGGAUAAUAAUAAUCGGGGACUCGUGUUAUCUAUCAAGCUAGCUGCGUAGCACAGAAUGGAGCCCUCUGAGCAGUCGAACCCAGACGUGGGCUCUCAGGAUGUCAACCCCGUGUUCCUGCAGCAGCUCCGAGAGCUUGACAUCCCUGAGGAGGCAGCCAAACAGGCACUCCUGCACACGCGGAAUGUGUCUGCCGAGGAGGCAGCCAUGUACUACUUUAACAAGCUGGAGAAUGAGGAGGAGGGAGACGAUGACCUCAUGUUCAAGAUGGUGUUUGUUGUGAAUAUGGACUUGGCCAUGGGUGUGGGAAAGGUGGCAGCUCAGGUGGGCCAUGCCGCUGUGGGUCUGUACCAGGCUCUGCAGGAAAAGAACAGUUGGAGGGAGAUGGCCUGGAAAUGGGACCAUGGAGGAGCCAAAAAGGUGGUGGUACAGGGGACCAACAUGGCUCACCUCCUAGAGCUACAGGCCCUAGCCAUGAGUCUCAGCCUUCCCACCUACUUGGUGCAAGACGCAGGACUCACCCAGGUGGAGGCGGGGUCCCGGACUGUCCUGGCAAUCAUGGGUGAGGAGGAGAUGGUUAACAACGUCACCGGAAGUCUUAAGCUGCUCUAAAGGGAUGCACACUCACUUAAGAUGUGCAUGACGUUGCAAGUGCCAUCAAGGCAAGCAGCAGAGGGCAGCAUUGCCCAAGCAGCAGGAGGGUCUUGGCACACGAAUGCCUAACAUGAUAACAUGAAAAAAGAAGAGGAAAACAAGACAUGUCCCAACACCAGACAAGAAAUACACCCUGCCAUUUUAUUUUCUUUUGUUCCUCGUCUAAACCACUGAAGUGAAACGUGUGAAAAGGGGUAACACUGGGACUGGCUCUUCAGACUGGAGCUAGAAAGCAGUAACUAUAUAUCUAUAUAUCUAUAUCUAUAUAGAGGUAUAGAUAGUUAGAUAGUUAGAUAUAUAUCUAUAUAGAGAUAUAGAUAUAUAGAUAUAUAUAUAGAUAUAUAUAUAUAAUUGAGCAUGCAUAAAAACAUACUACUUAAUAUAACUUGCCACCAUUGAAAAGAGAGAGACAUCCUUUCAUGAAAAUGUAGAACCCUCCUCACAUUAUCUAUUCAGUUUCCCCAUUCAAAUACAGAGGAGGAAAUUCCCUCUUAGAACAUAGUAUUUCAGUGGUGGUCCAGUGUUUUUAUUUAAGGAGCAGUGUAUUCCAAAAUAUUUGUAAAAGCCCAUAACAGAUAUAGAUUCUUCCUGUAGAGGUAUCUAAUCCUCAGGAAAUGGUAAUUUGUAAAGAAAAAAAAAAUCUUUUUCCCAUGUUUAAAUGAUACUGUGUGUGUAUACAACUGUUCUCCCAAACUUCCCUCUCAUUUAGGAUGAACAGCGUUACUUAUUGUCAAAUGGCUAUAAUUUGUUUACGCGUCUUUUAAGGCCAUAUACUUUAUAAUCUGUAGUGUGCCAUCCUUACGGUCUGUACAGUAACUUGCCUCUGUCACUUUGUUUUUUUUUAAUGCAAAUGAAGAAAAAAAACCUGAAGCUUCUCCUGGAAGAAUUUCUAGAUUCCAUGAAUGGUGAAUGAGGAAUUCUGCUGAAGUGAAAGCAGCUUCUUGGUCAAUGUCUGUGUCCAACCAAACUCACUUAAAACUAAUCCAUAAUAGUUGGUUUUCAGUAAUGAAUUUGUCAGCUGGAGGACCCUGGACUGAACAGAUGUUACAUCUUUGCAUGUCUGUUAAAAUUGUGACAGACAAAGUCCUAAAUCUAUAAUGUAGUGUCCCCUUGAUUUUCCUUGCAACAUUUUCAGGGCAGGGAGCGCCAGCCUGGGACAAAAUAGUAGCUCAAUUCUUAGCGGUCUUAUUUUUACUGGACUUCAUCAAACAUGGCAGUGUCAUGCAUGCAAUUUGAAAUUAAUAUAUCCUCGGUGACGACGGAAAUGCAAGCUUCUGCGUCCGUUCACACGCUGACACUUGUGUUAUUCCAACAUGUGGUUGUGAGUUUCAGACCGUGGAGACUAUUAAACUUCAUCCAGUCGGCCUGAUUAACAUAAGGACUCGCGUUCAUUUUUUACAGUAGUAGGUAAGGUAAAUGCUCGGUGUUAGUAUAUCAGCUUUAUGUAAAUUAAACCGAUGUUUAUUGUCAGUUGCAGCCAUUAUGCAACCACUGACUUUCCUUUAGAUUUGGUGCUCGGUUAGUCGGCCCGAUGACAUUGCAUUUCCCGCAGUAACAAUGGGAGCAUUCAGAAGUGGCGUGGUUGCACGGGAGCUUGUCCUUCAAUGAGUUGGUCAUCACCUGUCCUUUCUCAUAAUUACUGCAAAUAAGAAGCACUCCAUUUAAUUUAAGCAACAGCCAACGAACAUACUAGAAAGACACUGCAUAUUAACUGCGGACGAAUUAAUAUGCAGCAAAACCGGAAACGCACGCUGUUCUGAUUCGUUCCGAUGCGAUGUUGAUUGCUCUUGACAAGUGGCACAUGCAGCGACAGCUCCCUUUAAAGCAUAAACGUGAAGGACAUAUUGAGGAUUGGUUAAUACAAAAGUAAAGAGUGCUCAGCACGUAAAGGGGUGUCGGUUAGCAUAAAUUGAACACGGACGGAUGCGGUUACGCGUCCAGUCAAAUUACUGUUUAUACGUACAAACUGCAAUAGGCUGAAUAGAAAAGAAAAUGGAACAGAAUCACUUUUUCCAAAGAAACACAUGUUGUGGUCAGUUUGAAGUACAUAAACAAAAUAUGCUUAUACUUGUGUAAAUUGUACUAAUAAAUCCAACUACCAAUGUACUAAUACCUCUAUAUUCAUGUGCUCCUAACAAUUUACGCAGUGUAACCAUAUACACAC